AUGCACACUUGUCAGCAGGACAAGUUCACUGAGAUUGCAUCUAGCUUUAAGGCACUGAGACAUGAUGAUCAGAAGCUUGCAAGCGCACUUGUGGAGAAGCAAGGGGAGGCUUUGUCCAAGGAGUUUGAAGUGAAAGAUCUAGGAUCACUUAGAUACUUCCUUGUUAUGGAGGUAACUCGAUCAAGCAAAGAUAUAUUUAUUUCCCAACACAAGCAUACCUUAGACCUACUGAAGGAGACCGUCAUGCUGGGAUGCAGACCAGCAAGUACACCUAUGGAUCCUAAAAGGAAACUUGGGAUAGAAGAGGAGGAAGUUCUAGUAGAUAAAGGAAGAUAUCAACGUCUUGUGGGAAUGCUUAUAUACCUCUCCCACACCCAUCUAGAUAUUGGGUUUGCUGUGAGUAUGACUGUCCCAAAUGAAGUCUUAGACUACGAUGCCUUCACCUAUUUCCUUUAUGUGGGCGAUCAUCUGCUGUUGAUACACCAUAUUCACAACUUAAUAUUAUACAGGAAGACUGAUAGCUUUUUUCCCCUAGAUGAAACUGAGGUUGUGAAGACAGAGAGUAUCUUGAAUAUUAAAUAUGGAAUCGAGGGUGAUAGAGCUGUCGGUGCACAUAUACCUGUGAAUAUAAAACCUGAAGGCCAAGAUGAGCUUUUGUUUAAGAUAGCACUUCCUUUACAGCGGCCUGUGCUUGAUCCUUGCCUGGCUGUUGGAUUUCUUCCAUUUACCUUCGAUUGCCUGAGGGUUGGACAGCUAGUUGAUAUGAAAUGGAGACUUGAAAGGUUGAAAGAUCCAGAAGAAAUUCAAUCAUUUUUGUCCAAAGAUGAGUUACUCUAUGAAAUAGAUGCAAACCCAGAGAACUGGAUGAUUGCUGGGAGGAAGAGGGGACAUAUAUCUUUGGCUGCAACUCAAGGUUCAAGGGUAGUAAUCACUGUGAGUUGCUUGCCUCUGGUCUCUGGUUAUGUUCGUCCACCGCAGCUUGGUCUGCCCGGUGUCGCCGAAUCCAACAUAAGCUGCAAUCCUGCUGGGCCUCACCUAGUUUGUGUGUUGCCUCCAACUUUGAGCUCUUCCUUCUGUGUACCAGCUUGAAGUCCUGAUUAUUCUGAAUUCUCUUAAUGGGUUAAUUCUUGGCCAUUUAAAUCUAUCUGGAUCCUCUCCUAUUUACUGGAUUAGAUCUUGAAUGUUCCUGGUUGGAGCUUCUGGUCUCUCAACCAUCCAGAUAAAUCUGAUUCAACUGGAGAAGAUGGAAGAAGGCAUCAGAGAUUCGAUUUAUGAAAUUCAAGUCUCUUAUGUAUUGCGGUGAGUGAACUUUUGAAGAAUUUUGGUUUUUGUCUGCCCAUGUAUAUAAAUUGAGAGAGUAGAAAGAUGUUUGAUUUAUGUUAAAGAGGCUAUGCAGGUGAUGAGUCUUGUUCUUUGCAGAGUAAAAUUCUGGAUAUCUUUCUGAAGUUCACAUUAUCACAAUUCUUUAGUGAACUUCCAAAGCCCA